AUGGAUUCCAAAAAUGCAAUCCUCAUCCUUGGCCUAGUGGCCAUGGUUCUUCUUAUCUCCUCACAGGUUUCAGCUAGGGACUUAACUGACACUUCCACUAAUACCAAAGAUGUGGUUGUUGAAAAGUCCCAUGAAGUAAAUGAUGCCAAAUAUGGAGGUAGAGACUACGGUCCAGGUGGUGGUUACAAUGGAGGUGGAGGUUAUAAUGGUGGUGGUGGUUACCAUGGUGGUCCUGGUGGUGGUUACAAUGGUGGCGGUGGUUACCAUGGUGGUCCUGGUGGUGGUUACAAUGGUGGCGGUGGUUACCAUGGUGGUCCUGGUGGUGGUUACAAUGGUGGUGGUGGUUACCAUGGUGGAGGUAGAUGCCGAUACGGCUGUUGUGGUGGACGUUAUGGGGGUUGCAGGUGUUGCUCAUAUGCUGGUGAAGCUGUUGCUGUGCACACUGAGGACAGCACUCGUAAUUGA